GACUCGGCUCAAGAUGGCUGCAGAGAAACAGUUAUGAAGAUCGACGUUUUGGCCCAGAUUUUUGGAGAAAUGAGGCCGAGUGCCGCCUAGACACGCUCCCGCCGCAUCACCGGGGAUCCAGAAGUGAACAUGGACGAAGGGUGCAGACAGUGACUGGUGCGGCGAGUACACCCAAGGACAGGAAGUGGUUCCGCAGCCUGCUUCCUGUCCGGUCCCUCUGCGCUGCCUGGCCUCUGAUUGCCUUCUUGAUGUGAGACAUUCCCAGGCUCCUGUAACCUCUGGUCCCAGGGGGAGCGUGCACGGGACAGGAUUGCACCACCGUGAGGACGAGCCUGGGAGCAGCCAAGGAGUCAUCCAAAAGUUGGUUUCCCGUCUGUCCCAGAAUGAAGAGCCUUCAGUUCCGUAACAUCGCCCCCAAGGCCCCGGCCGCUGUGCCCUCUGCAUCUCCCGCGCUCCUGUCCUGCCAGCCCCCCUCUGCACUCCCCGAGGCCAGCACCGCUUCCAGCCCCAAGUCCAUCAUCGUCCCUGCGCAGAACUAUGCACUCAUGCAGAUAGCAGGCCAGGACGGAACCUUCUCCCUGGUGGCCCUGCCCCCUUCUGUGUCCUCCCAGACUCCCCAGCAGCAAACCGCGAACAACCUCAAGCUCCCCAUCCCCCGGUACCAGGCACCCCGGAGCAAAGGCACCCCUGAUAAGGCAAAGACCCCACCAACCGCCAAGGCCAAAACCAUGCCUAAAGUUGUGGGUACGCAAACUAAACUGCUGCCCAAAGUGCCCAAAGAGGAACCUUCAGAUCAGCUCCUUUCUAUAGACCAGGCCUCUUCUGACCUCUCAGUGACCGCCUUGCUGCCCGAGAACGCUGUUCUGUACCCUGGUUCUCAACUGGAACUUAAAGCAGACCCCUCCCAGUGCACUUCACCCCCUGGCCUGGUCCAGAACAUCCAGUAUCCAAACCCUGGCAUCAAAACAUCACCUGGGAAACCUCCAGAGGAAAGUAAGACUGCUGUACAAUUGUGCCAAUCCAAACCUGCAGGUCAGCCAUCAGGCAGCAUUACCGUCCUGUCCCCUGCCAUCUUCAGCAAAGCAGUGCAGAUCAUCCCCUCUCCACCCAAAGGGAAGCUGCCCAUCCUCCCCUACUCAAAGAUCAAGAACAGUCUCAUGCCCACAGCCAAACUCGGCUCCAUGACAACAGACAAAAACAAGUUUGCAGGUCAGCCACUACUAUCCAGCUCCUCAGACUCUGCCACAAAGACUCUUGUGCCCGAAACAAUGCAACCACCUCAAGUCCAAACUGCUCUGGUCCCUAUUUUAGGAACUGUGCCAAAAGCUCCAGGCAGAAAGCGGGGUCGCAAGAGGAAGACACUGGAGGACAUCCUGGCGUUCGAGGCCCGAAAGAAGAGGUCCCUGACCUUCUUUCGUAGACGAGUUCCUGACAAGCCCCCUCCCACGGCUCCGAACAAACAGAAGGAGGUGGACAUCUCCAAGAAGUACCGCAGCAUCCGACCCAAGCCCCUGCUGCUGAUGGAGACGGUCCCUCAGUUGGUCAGUGUGCCCACCCUCACAGCAGAGAGCCAGGACAAAGAUCUUGCCCCAGGACUGCAGACGACCAGCCCCCCAGCCCCCACCCCACUCCCCUCACGCCUGCACCGCUGUCCAACCUGCAGCCGUUCUUUCCAGUUCAAGCAUCACCUGCAGAGCCACAUGAACAGUCACACCAACAGUCGGCCGUACGCCUGCCCCAUGUGCCGUAAAGCCUACGCGCACUCGGGGAGCCUAAGCACGCACAUGAAGCUGCACCACGCCGAAGUGAGGCCACGCACCGCACUGUCCUGUGAGUUCUGUCAGAAGGCCUUCGGGUAUGUUGGCGUGUACUUCAGCCACCUGCGUGAGGUCCACAGGGUGGUGCUCACCGUGGAGCCUUCCAUCAGCCAGCACGAAGACCAGCCGCAUGCCGACGGGACAACAGCUGAGGGCGGGGAGGAGGCUCGUGAGGACCCAGUGGAGCUGCAGAUAAAAUGCGGGAGGUGCCAGGCCAUCACGCCCACCUUCGCCGACAUGAAGAUGCACCUGCGGCACGUUCAUGGAGAAGAGCUGCCUGUGCUCCAGGACCAGGCCCCCCGCUCUGGCCGCGAGGCAGAGGAUGAGCUGGUCAAACACGCUGCCCACUACUGGAGACAGCUCAACCACAAGCGCAACCUGGUCAAGUGUGGCCGCUGUGAUGAGGAGUUUUUCUCUUUCUCCAAACUCAAAAGGCACGUCAUGUCCCACCACCUUAGCCGUGAUGGGCAGGAGGGCGGGGGCUUGUCUCCGGACAGCGAGGGGGGCCUGGGGAUACUGUCGGCCCAGUCGGGUCUGAACUGUGUGCUCUGCAGGGAGGUUUUGGACAGCAGGGACAGCCUACUGGAGCACUGGAGCAGCCGGCACCACUGUGAGCAGCCCGGCGUCCUCUGGGACGCCCUGAGCUCCUACUCGGGACAGGAGGAGCUGGACGUGGACACGCCUCACCCCAGCCCUCAUUAGCCCCCUGCCCACAGACACGUCUCCUGACCUGGGCACAAAUCCUCUCAUUUUCUCUCAGUUCUACCAGCAGUGUUCCCCAAAGAUAAUAUGUCAGUUUGUGCGGUAGCAGAAUCAUAGUGCCUCCAAAUUGUGCUCUUACAGAUUUAUACCUCCCAGUAAGUUUACAAAUUGCCUAUGAUCAGACACAGAAAGCGUUCAAGUGGGACUAAACACCUAAACCACAACCACAUUUUAACUAGAGCUGCUAAACUAGGCUGUACCUGGAGGACUAAAGAGAGCAUGGGGGGAGAAGGGGAGGGGUCUAGAUAUGAGAAACUGUGUUAUUGGUCUAACAGGUAUCCACACUUCAGACUCCGCCCCUUGCAGCCAAUCAGAAACACCUGGCUAUAAUUAGGGCAGUCCUGUGUGAUGUCACAUAGUACAGGAAAUAGGAAAGUUUCAAAUUUACCCAGUUUGCACUAAAACCGCCAAAACAGCACUAGGAACAGUUUAGUAGUAAAAAAUGUUUUCGUGUUUAGUUCCACUUUAAAGUUCUAAGUAGGUGCUCAGAGCCUCACAGACUGUCACAUCUUUGGGAGACACUGCUGCCGUCUACAGCACAGGGAUGGACCAUAUCUACAGGGUCCUGCAUCAUUUUCACAAAUGACAGGGAAGAAGAAGCACCUCAAGUUCAAAUAGUGUCAAAGAAUUCCUAUUUAAACCAGUCUCAUGUCACGUUGGAUUGCACUGUUUAUUUACUGAUGUACAUGUGGUGGCUAAAGCUGUAUUAUUUUUCUAUGCUUAUUUAAAGUCUGUUAAAGGGUUAACUUAUGAACCAGGCUAAAACAGCCUGUUUAUGCAUCACUGUGGUUUCAGUUACAUUAUCAAAUAUUGUGACUUACGGGUUUUCACCAAUAUGUUAAAGACUUGGAACAGACAAUGGCUGGAUCUUAGAAGGUGAAAUUAAAUUAUUUCAAGGCAUUCAUUUCACCACCAAUCAAAAGUUUAGACACACAUUUAAUGUCGUUUUCUUUUUGUGUCAAUUUACAUUGUAGAUUCUCACUGGAGGCAUCUAAUUGCUUUGAACAUUCCACUAAUGAACCUUGACAAGGCAAGCUUGUGAAGUUAAAACCAUUUCAGGGAACUUAUCAUGAAGCUCAUUGAGAGAAGGCCAAGGGUUUGCAUUGCUGUCAGCAAAGCAAACGUGGCUACUUUGAGGAAUUUAAGUCUACAUCAUAAAACAUAUUUAAAGUUUUGUGGGUUUUUUUGCUGCAUAAGUCCAUACAUCUUGCUUCAUAUAUUUCAUGUUGUCAGUGUGCAUCUACAAAGUAGAAAGUAGCAAACAUAAGAAAACGUUUGAAUGAGAAUGUGUGCGUCCAAACUUUUGGCAGGUUGUGUAUGUCAGAUCAUAGCGUUGCUGUGGCCAACUAAACAUUUGAGUAAAGGUCAGAUGGACCUGACCUGGCUUUGGGCAGAGGGACAUAAAGGGCUUUCUUUUCACACUUUGGGGAUCAGUGCAAAGCAUUAGAAACGAGUGAACAUUAUAGACAAAUGCUAUGUAUUCAAGCCAAGUUGAGCUAUUAUAAUUUAUUUUGAAUUUUUUUUUUUUUUUUGUUAUCAUCAAAUGAUGCAAUUAUAUUGAUUUUUAGCAAUAUUUCCCCCUCUCCUCUACUAAACAUUAUUGAUAUUGGAUCUUUUAAGUUCCAGGCUCAGCACUAACACCAGUGAGGGAGAUAAGAUUUUUGGAGCAGGUGUCUUUUGACUUCAUAUUCCAGAACCAGCUGAAAUGUCUUUUUCAUGCAUUAUAAUGAGGAAACUUUAUAGUCAAUGCUACAGUUUAUUAAGAAUUGGUGUAAUUAUAUUUACAAAUUGUCUAUUUUUAUGGUCACAGCUCAAUGACUCAAUAAUUUGGAAAACAUAUACACUCAUCAGUGGCCACAGAGGCGUGGCUGUCUGGACACUGUCACAGACUGCUGUUCCUCUCGGGCACUCUACAUGACCACAUGGUCACACUGUCAGACCCUCGAGGCCUCGGACCCAGGCCUGGGACAGAUGUAACCACAGACUAAGCUCCAGCUGAAUGUGUCUGAAGCCUCUACAGGGCAGUGUGAGGACAUCAGUCUCGGACACUGCCCCCCCUCACACCCUACUGUCAUCUUCUGAGGCCCCAGUGCAGGCUAGAGGCGGAGCCUGUGGACAGUAGGAGGAGCUUGUGAGUCAGAGGUGGAGCUCCUUCUCUUGGACUGUUUGAAUAAUGCCUGUGUGUUGUGUUCUAUGCCAAGAGUCUGUGCACACUAGUGACUUUAGAGGUGAAGUGUGCAGACCAGAGUCUUCUGUCUGCAGAGGUGCUCCUGGUGUUUACUUAUGUGGAUGUGUGUGCACCACGCAUGGCCUGGCUACACAUAGUUUUAAAUAAUAUUGUCCUAUGCACAUACAAAUUAUUUGUUAUAAAGACAUUUUGAUUUCAAAGAGUGAUACCCUUUAUGACCGAUGCAUGUUCGGCAGCUCUACCUUUGCUCUGGUAUAUGGUAAUGAUGCUUCUGGAGUAGUCUCUUGAUUGUGGUAAACCUUGAGCUCUUCUGUGGUAGUGGGAGGAUUGUUUUCACUAAUGAUCUAUAUGUAGCCAGGCCUCACUCUUCUGUUCGCUGCUGGUCUUUGUGGAGCAGCACUGGGGCAUCUGUAACAUUUGCAAUCAUUCUAAUGAGAGAUGCUUGUAUCCUGGUCUCAAGUCCAUAGUACAUGGCUGUCUGUCUGUUGUCUUUGAUAUGAAGAAAAAAAAAAUCACAGGGUUAAGUGAAUGUACCUGAAUGUUUAAAAAAAAACUACCAAAAGUAUAAACAAACAUAUGCUAAAUAGAGUAAAUCUAUAGAUAGUUAUAGAGAGCUAUUGAAAGUACAUAUAUAUAUAUUUCCAUAGAGUACGUAGCUGCUGUGCUGUCCAGUGGAGGUUUAAACGGAGACUUUAUGAUAAGUACAAGCCAUGUGGAGCUGGCCUACUGUCUGUCGAAGCACAGGGCUGACGUCCCGACACCAACCAGGAGGUGGCAGCAGUAAGGUGCAGACUCACUCUCCUCAGAUAGAAGAGGAUAGACUGUUAGCACAAGGUGAGAUGGUCCAGGUGAGAUGGUCCAGGUGAGAUGGUCCAGACGAGAUGGUUGAGAUGAGAUGGUUGAGAUGGUCCAGAUGAGAUGGUACAUUAGAAUGCCACUAUAUUCUCAUGUGUUGGGCUCACUGACUGAAAGUGUUGUGUUGUGACUGCUGUGAACCAGAACGCCCUGAUGUCUAUGAAUAAAAUAUGC